UCGCCUGCGUUUCACUCCAGUUUCUCGACCGUUUUUCAUUCAUUUCACGCAGAACUGUAUCCAAUCGAACUGUAGGAAAUAGUACUUCCUGAUCACCACCCUUCAUAAAUACUCUGUGAUUUCGCAUUUCUGCAUGAGUUUGCUCCCAUUUUUCUUAUUCUCUCUCUAAUACUCUUAUCUCUCUCUCCACCCGAAACUCUAUACUUCCCUACUGCUUCUCCUGCAUAAUGUCUACUGCAUCUGCUGAUGAGGUCAUCGCCGAUUGUUCCGAUUUGUCACAGGGAGAUCUGCCGUCAGAGGAAACCGAAGUUCUGGAAACUGUCGACGAUGCGUGGAAGAGUAUCGCCCGCGACGAUUCGACUACUCGCGUCGAUUUCGGUAUCUCUGCUAACAAGGUGGAGAAUACCGGAAAACUUCGCAAGGAUAAAGUGAAAUUGAGCGUAAAUGUCGUGUGUCCGAGCAGUUCCAACGGUGGAGGGGCAGACACCGGAGAGUCGGAUGCGGUAUCUAAUACAAGUAAUGGUAAUGGAGGUAAGAGCAGUUCGGUACUGAAACCGUCGCCUAGCGUGGGGGCUACUCUGGAGAACCAUAUGGAUUCGCCGAUUGGAAGCGGCAGCAGCGAAAAUAGCACCUCUUCCUCACUGAUCGAUGAGGCGUGGGAACUGCUAAGCAAAUCAUAUGUUUACUUCAAAGGACAACGUGUUGGUACAAUUGCAGCCAAUGAUGAUCCCGGCAGCGAGACCUUGAACUAUAAUCAGGUUUUUGUGAGAGACUUUGUUCCUUCUGGGUUGGCUUGCCUGAUGAGAAAAGAUGCUGAUGUGGAAAUAGUGAAAAAUUUUCUGCUGAAGACCCUUCACCUUCAGGGAUGGGAGAAGAGGAUAGAUAACUUUACACUUGGAGAAGGUGUUAUGCCUGCCAGUUUCAAGGUUAUCCAAGACCCUAUCCGCCAGAAGGAGGUUUUACAAGCAGACUUUGGUGGAAGUGCAAUUGGAAGAGUUGCGCCCGUGGAUUCUGGGUUCUGGUGGAUUAUAUUGCUCCGUUCGUAUACUAAAUGCACACACGAUUACUCUCUUUCAGAGCUACCAGAAGUGCAGAGAGGAAUCAGACUGAUACUUAACCUGUGUCUGUCGGAUGGAUUUGAUACAUUUCCUACACUCUUAUGUGCAGAUGGAUGCAGCAUGAUUGAUAGGCGAAUGGGGGUUUAUGGUUAUCCCAUUGAGAUCCAAGCACUCUUCUUUUUUGCACUGAGGUGUGCGAGACAAUUGCUUAACAGUGAGCAUGAUGGUAAGGAGUUGAUUGAGCGCAUUGAUAAACGUAUUACUGCUCUGAGUUACCAUAUGCAAAACUACUACUGGCUUGAUUUCACUCAACUCAACAACAUAUAUCGCUAUAAAACUGAGGAAUAUUCUCACACUGCUGUAAACAAAUUCAAUGUCAUUCCUGAAUCCAUCCCAGACUGGGUCUUUGAGUUCAUGCCACUGAAGGGAGGGUAUUUCAUUGGGAAUGUGAGUCCAGCGCGUAUGGAUUUCAGGUGGUUCUUGGUUGGAAACUGCAUUGCUAUUUUGAGCUGUUUAGCAACACCAGCGCAGGCUACAGCAAUUAUGGAUUUGAUCGAGGAGCGCUGGACAGACUUGAUUGGAGAGAUGCCCCUGAAGAUUGCAUAUCCAGCACUUGAAGGACAUGAAUGGAAGAACGUAACUGGCUGUGAUCCAAAGAACACGAGAUGGAGCUAUCACAAUGGUGGUUCUUGGCCAGUUCUUUUGUGGCUACUCACAGCAGCAAGCAUAAAGACUGGAAGGCCUCAAAUUGCUAAGAGAGCGAUAGAGUUAAUUGAACAACGUCUCUCGAAAGAUGGAUGGCCUGAAUAUUAUGAUGGAAUCACUGGCCGGUACAUUGGAAAGCAGGCAAGGAAGCACCAAACAUGGUCGAUUGCAGGAUAUCUGGUUGCUAAGCUAAUGAUAGAGAACCCAUCGAAUCUGCUCAUCAUAUCUCUUGAAGAGGACAAGAAAAUUGCUAAGCCAAGGCUCACCCGUUCUGCCUCAUGGACCUACUAGCUUUCUGCCGAAGAUACAAAUGGUAAAUAACGGCUCUUCUGAUCGCUUUCCUCCGGGUUCAGUUCAAUAAACGGUAAUCUUCAGAUACAUCUGUUUUCUGGCUCAAGUAAACUUUGUUUUUUGUUAAGAUGGAUUAUGAAAUUACUUGAUUGAUUCACAGUUUAAAUCUGAAUUCAUAUUAGUGAUGAUUAAUCACAAUGUCUUUGUCACUCCAUUACUAUUAGGCUAAAAAUGCUGGGAUCUGUUCUUUUUAAGUUGUGUGAUUAAUGCGUGCCUUGAUCUAAACAGCUCAUAUGUGGGUAUCCAAUGCCAGCUUUUUGAUGAUUAUACACACAUAAAGAAGUUGAGGCUUUGGAGUAUUUAAUUCUGAGUGUGAUUGAGGCUCUUGAAUUAUUUUAUUUCUAGUGUGUGACACUUUAUCUAGCUAAACCGUGCGGCCAAACCUUUCUUUAAUCCCACACGCCAAUUACUUAAACGUCUUUGCUUCCUUUCCAGCUAAGGCAUAUCAUAAACAAAAGCGGCCGUUAUUUAUUAACCCUUGAGUUACUACUCUUGAUACGUUGAGAAAAAAAGAGAAGCACCAUUAGUCCUUUGUUGAUGAAGUGGGAGAAAGUGGUGAGGUGGGUGGGGGCGAGCGUGGCUGCGGCCUUCUUCUCAUCGCUGGAGAAGUGGUCGUGUAUUAACAUAUCAACGCUGGACUCGGAUGCGGAUGAGGAGGCCGACGAUCGUCCUCUUAUGCUUACCAGAUUCCCCUCUGAAGCCUCCUCCCACCACCGCUUUUCCAUCGAUAAGCUUCAUUACCCUAUAACUAUUUCUAUGCCUCUGUGAUGUAUCUAUCUAAUUAUACAUGUCUGGAAAAGUGGCUUCUUUAGGAAUCCGACCAAUGAUGUGAUCUUGUAGAGAAAACUUAUCAUUAUGUUACCGGCGAUUGAUUUUACAACUUUUCUUUUUGCCUAUCGGUUUAUGUGUGAAAAAUAGUAAGAAAAGAAUAGUCUUCCAUCUUACAUGUGCAA